AAUUUACUUUUACUUGAUGCCUCUUGUAAAUCACUUGGAAAUUGCCUGGGGAUUAGAUGUUAGAAACCUUCAGGUGAAGUAUGUUUUUUGAUACUCAGAAGGCAGAAGUAAUCUUGCUGUUUGGUUUCCUCUGGGAUUAGGCAGCCAGGGAAUAAGCUUUAGUUUAAGGUGUGUGGGAGGAACUGUUUCUGUAUUACUGCAGCUCUUUUUCAGGACCUCCAUUCAUAUCUCUGGGUUUGGAUGCAAAUAUGCUUAGAAAAAUGUCAUAAUGAAUUAGCCUGUAAAGAAGUAAAGUUAGGACAAGCAGGAAUUGCUGCUCACUCUUUGAAGAGGUUUCUGUGGUCCCAGGUGUUGAGCAGCCUGACUUGCUGUUGAGUAUUUUCUCCCGAACAACCUUAGUGCUGUAACAAACAUGAGCUCUGUGUAACACAUGUAAAAGUGUGCUGGAUUAGUGAGAAGGUUUGGGGGAGUGUUUUAGGCCCUCUCACUUUAUGUGAAGAGGGGGAAAAAUGCUUGCAUUUUCCUUCUCUAAAAGUCAGGAAUUGGGGUUUUUUUUUAAGCAAACUUUAGAAAAUUUUUUUUCUUUCCUUUUUUUACCUUAAAUGGUGCUGAAUAAUUAGGUCUUUGAGGAUUUUCUUUGAAUAGCAGAGAAUUUUAUUUCUGCUAUUGCAGCUGAUGCUGGCCUGCACAAAUAAUCUUAGAAAUUAUUGCCAUGUCUAAAUGGUGAAGAGCAGGAAAGUAAGUGAUGGGAUUUACUUAAACAUCCAUGUUGGUAAAUUGGGUCACCCACUGACUUCAGUGACAGAGAGGUGUCUAAUUGAGUUCAGUUUUCUUGUAGCCCUGUGUCCACAGGCCUGUAAAUGUCUCUCUAGGCUUUGCCAUUACUUAGAUACUUAAUAACAUGGGCAAGUGUAGGCAGGAAAAUAUAUGAGCACUUCAAAAGGGUCUCUCUAACCUACUUGAUCUUAAAUAAUGUAUUAAGUUAAGCAAACUGAAAGGAAUAAAUAAAUAAAAGGAUGCUUCUGAUACCUCUAAAUAGUGAUGAAAUGAAAUUGCUCCUGAAGAUGCUGACCCUCACCCCUCAUCUGUCCAUUAGCUUGUAGUGUCUGUGCAGCACAUCUCAUUGCUUGGGGACUGUGCUGUCUGACAGCUGCAAGUGCAGAACAGCAUGGAGGGAUGGUGGCUUUUGGAGGACACUGUCUGGCAGCAUUUAUGUAGGGUUUCAGUUCUGUGCUUCCCUUCAGGACUGCUUAUAGAAGAAUCUUAUAAUAGCUCCAUACUGGCUUUUGUGAAAAUAGGAGGAGCUAUUGGAUGCCUGGCUUAUGCCAGAGAUGCUCUGAGGGUUGUGUGGCUGAAGAACCAGUGCUGAGACUCUGCAAUGGCUCCCGUGGUCUCUCUCUUGGGUAGUCUGUUGCAUCAUUGUGUGCUGGUUGUGUUGGACUGUGUGUGCCGUGCUGUCAGAUGAAGGCUUUCAAGGUGCUGGAUUGAACCAAAAUAGUCCAACAAUGAGACUGUUGUCACUGAGAUAAUGUCACAGCUUGCAAAUCCUGUUUAAGGAGAACUGAAAAUGCUGACUGCUGCAGAGGGAGCCUGGGUAGUAAAAGCACUUCUAGCUUGUUACCCUGUCAUGCAGGAUAAUGCUUUUAAUGCUAGACAAUUGUAGCAGACUGGCAGUAAUGGGGAGUGGCAAAGGAGCUUAGCAGGAGCCAAGGAAUGGCCAAUGAUCAUAUAGGGGAAGAAGGCCUGAGGAAAGCAUGUGGUAGUUACUGGAAAGCAUUGUGGAGUGUGAGGUACUACCACAGCAUCAAAAAGAUUUUGGAACAUGAAAAUGCAUGCUGCAAGAUGAAGUUAAGGGCAGUUUUCCUACUUUUCAUGGCAGUACUUUUUAUGGCAGUGAUUUGAGGAAGACGUUAUGUUUGAACUGUGGUAGUGAAAUUGAAUAUGAAAUUUUAUGCUGUGGCAACAAGUAAUUAGAAAGCAAUUUGUGUGGUUUUGUAUUAGCAAAACUAGUAUCUCUGGCAGCGGUAUUUUUAUUGUUGAAACUGUGUGAAUCUCUACCUCUUGUGUUAGUAUAUGGUCAGUUCUCCUACAAACUGAAACCAUAGGUUGCAAAAAAGUAGUUCUUGUGCUGUUUUUGCCCUGUCAUUCACUGUAAAAUUAAUGCUAAAAUACUGUAGAGUCAUGAAACUCUGUGAAAAAAUAUUUCUAUAAUUUAGAGGUUUUUUUUUUCAUAGAUUUUACCAAGGAUCAGCAACCAUAAAUGCAUAAAGGAAGGAUGACAUUUACUGUUGAAAUAAGUUAACUUUUUUUUUUAACUGUGGAAGUUAAUUUUUAACUUAUAAUAAUGCAGUUUGGACAGGGGUAAGAGUUAACCUAAGAUUGAUACAUGGGAAUUCUUUUUGAAGGAUGGUGUUUUAGAUAGUGUUUCCUUUACUGCAUGAAUGAUCACUUCUUACUUUCUUGCUAUACAGUGUUUUUCCUCAGAAAGGGAGAAAUCACAUAAUUGAGAAGGAAAAGAACCAGCUGAAUUUUAAUCUGAAUAUCAGUCAGCUUUUCUAGUAUAAACAGGUUGGCCAUGUGCUGCUACUGCUAAUGGCAUACUUUUUCUUAUGUGGGUGACAUCAUCCUGACAUUGUUUUAUGGAGCAGAGAAAAGGGCAUUUAACUAACAAGAACCAGUGUGGAGUUGCCUAUGGCAUUUCCUCAGUGCUGUGUAUGUUUUUGGAAGUCACUUGCCUGGCAAGAUUUAUUAGUAGUUCGGCAGUAGAUCUGAUAAUUCUUUGAAUUGGAAGCAGCAUUCCUGGAAAGGAGAUACUCUUGAAUUCAGAGGAAGUACCAGGAAGUAAACGCAGCAUAGAUCUUGUGAUAGAAGUAAGGAGGAGCCAGAGGUUUCUCUGGUAUUAUCAAUGUCUUCCUGAAAUAUGAAGGUCCCCUUAAUCACCCUAAAAUACUGAACUUUGUACGGCCCAAAAAUCUGUUUGAUUUUUAAAAAGAAAUCAAUUCCUAGUGACAAUCGAAGGAAAGUAGAACCACCUCUUGGAGGUCAUGAUCCUCGAACUGCAGUUCAGUUAAGAAGCCUCAGCACUGUUUUAAAACGCCUCAAAGAAAUCAUGGAGGGGAAGAGCCAGGACAGUGACUUGAAGCAGUACUGGAUGCCUGACAGCCAGUGCAAAGAAUGUUAUGACUGUAGCGAGAAAUUCACCACUUUCCGAAGGAGGCACCACUGUCGACUUUGUGGGCAGAUCUUUUGUAGUCGAUGCUGCAAUCAGGAAAUCCCUGGAAAAUUCAUGGGCUACACAGGGGAUCUCCGAGCCUGCACUUACUGCCGGAAAAUAGCCUUAAGCUAUGCACACUCCACAGACAGUAACUCCAUUGGAGAAGACUUAAAUGCCCUGUCGGAUUCUGCGUGUUCCGUGUCCGUGCUGGAUCCUGGCGAGCCACGCACACCGGUUGGGAGCCGCAAGGCCAGCCGCAACAUCUUCCUGGAGGAGGAUCUGACCUGGCAAAGUUUGAUUCACCCAGACUCUUCAGCUACCACGUUGUCUGCACGCCUUGGGUCUGUCCAGGAGGAUGCAGGGAAGUCACCAGCUAGAAACAGGUCAGCCAGCAUCACUAACCUGUCUCUGGAUCGCUCAGGGUCCCCCAUGGUGCCCUCCUACGAGACGUCAGUCAGCCCCCAGGCCACUCGCACUCAUAUGAAGGCAGAGACCAGCGAUGAUGAGCGCAAAAUACUUCUGGACUCAGUCCAGCUGAAAGAUCUGUGGAAGAAAAUCUGCCAUCAUAACAGUGGUAUGGAAUUUCAAGACCAUCGCUACUGGCUGCGGACACAUCCCAACUGCAUUGUGGGAAAAGAGCUGGUCAACUGGCUCAUGAGAAAUGGGCACAUAACCACGAGGGUCCAGGCCAUUGCAAUAGGACAGGCACUGGUUGAUGGACGUUGGCUGGAAUGUGUCAGUCAUCAUGAUCAGCUCUUCAGAGACGAAUAUGCUCUCUACAGACCGUUGCAGAGCACAGAAUUCUCAGAAACCCCAUCUCCAGACAGUGACUCUGUGAACUCUGUAGAGGGCCACUCCGAGCCAUCCUGGUUCAAAGACAUCAAGUUUGAUGACAGUGACACAGAGCAGAUUGCUGAUGAAGGGGAAGACAACUCAGCCAAUUCCGCCAGCCCUAGCAAGCGCACUUCAGUCAGCAGCUUCCAGUCCACAAUGGACAGUGAUUCGGCCGCCUCCAUCAGCCUGAACGUGGAGCUGGACAACGUGAACUUCCAUAUCAAGAAGCACUCCAAGUACCCACAUGUGCCCCCUCACCCUGCCGACCAAAAAGAGUACUUGAAUCCUGAAAACGGAGGGCAGCAGAUGUUCUCUAUAAGUGACGCUUUUAUUAAAGAGUCGUUAUUCAACAGGAGGGUGGAGGAGAAGUCCAAAGAGCUCUUAUUCACACCCCUAGGCUGGCACCACAGCAAUCUGGAUCUGCUGAGAGAAGAGAAUGGGGAGAAACAAGCCAUGGAAAGGCUGCUGUCUGCUAAUCACAACCACAUGAUGGCACUGCUUCAGCAGCUUCUAUACAAUGAGUCCCUGUCACUGUCCUGGAGGGAUAUUAUUGUACCUGUGGUCUGCCAGGUAGUUCAAACGGUACGGCCAGAUGUCAAGAAGAGAGAUGAUGACAUGGAUAUCCGCCAGUUUGUCCACAUCAAAAAAAUCCCUGGUGGAAAGAAAUUUGACUCCAUGGUGGUGAAUGGAUUUGUUUGCACUAAGAAUGUUGCACACAAAAAGAUGAACUCUUGCUUAAAAAAUCCCAGAAUUCUUCUCCUAAAAUGCUCAAUUGAGUACCUCUAUCGAGAAGAAACAAAGUUUACCUGCAUAGAGCCUAUAGUACUUCAGGAAAGGGAGUUCUUGAAGAACUAUGUACAGCGGAUAGUUGAUGUCCAGCCCAAUUUGGUCCUUGUUGAGAAGACUGUGUCCAGAAUUGCCCAGGACAUGCUCUUAGAGCAUGGUAUCACUCUGGUCAUCAAUGUCAAGCCGCAAGUGUUAGACCGGGUAAGUCGAAUGACCCAGGGAGACUUAGUGAUGUCAAUGGAUCAACUGUUGACCAAACCACAGUUGGGGACCUGUCACAAAUUUUACAUGCAAGUUUUUCAGUUGCCCAAUGAUCAGACAAAACCCCUGAUGUUCUUUGAAGGGUGUCCCCAGCACCUGGGUUGCACUAUCAAGUUGUGUGGUGCCGCAGAGUACGAGCUAGCUCGUGUGAAGGAGAUCCUGAUCUUCAUGGUCUGUGUGGCUUAUCAUUCCCAGCUGGAAAUCUCGUUUCUUAUGGAUGAGUUUGCCAUGCCCCCUACUCUCACCAAAAACACUUCAUUUCACUCUCUUAUUGAGGAGCCAGGAGAUGAAAAUGAACAGCAGAACCUCUUCAAUGGUGAGGACUUCAGCGCAGCAGUCAAAGACAUUGAACUGUCCUCUGAAAAGCUGCCUGUAAUCUCUGAAUCAGUGUCCUCUGAUGAGGUCAGUUUGCCUGAACCAAGAGGUGUAUUUGACAGAGGUGACCAAGAGAGCAGUCAGCUGGAAACGGUGUCCUCCAAGCACCAAGAGCCCCACAAAGUGGAGUCACCAUUUGCAGUGCUCAGCUCUGUACCUCAUGCAAUACCUGAAACAUCCCCACUGCCCCUCCAUGGCAUGGACCAGCACUUGGCCACACUGGAUAACCAGGCACUAGAGCCUCUUCCACAGGCAGAUGAUUUACAGGAAUCCAAGAGUCAGAUGAGAGUCUUCAGAGACCCUCUCCAGGAUGAUACUGGUUUGUAUGUCACGGAAGAGGUAACUUCGUCUGAGGAUCGUCUCAAAACUUACUCUGCAGCAUUUAAGCAGGAGUUGAAAGAUGUCAUUCUCUGCAUUUCCCCAGUGCUGAUGUUCCGUGAACCAUUUCUUUUGACUGAAAAAGGCAUGAGAUGCCCUGCCCGGGAAUACUUUCCUGAACAAGUUUAUUGGUCUCCUCUCCUCAAUAAGGAAUACAAGGAGUUGGAGAGCAGAAGGAAGAAGCAAUUGUUGCGGGAUUACUCUGGACUACAAGGGAGGAAUGGGAGUAUCCAAGCCAAGGCUAUCCAAAUCUUACCUUCUCAUGAGCUGGUUAAUACUAGAAUAGCAGAGCAUCUACGUGAUAGCCAGAGCUUAGCCAGAAUGCUGGCUGACUAUCGGGCCAGAGGAGGGAGGAUACUACAGAAAAGCACAGAUCCUUUUGCCCAGAAUAAGGAUGUGUCUAGUGUCCCUGCUGGAAAAACUGGGAGCAGAACUGAAGAAGAGGAGAAGGGACUGGCUCAGAGUGAAUCCUCAUGGUCCCAUAAGGUGGAUUGCCUGAGUCCAGUAAACCAUCAGAGGCUCUGUGUUCUCUUCAGCAGCUCUUCUGCUCAGUCCAGCAAUGCUCCAAGUGCCUGUGUUAGCCCCUGGAUUGUGACCAUGGAGUUCUAUGGGAAAAAUGACCUAACUCUAGGGAUUUUUCUGGAGCGCUACUGUUUCAGGCCUUCCUACCAAUGCCCCAGCAUGUUCUGUGAAACACCGAUGGUGCACCACAUCCGUCGCUUUGUUCAUGGGCAGGGCUGUGUGCAGAUCGUGUUAAAGGAGCUGGACUCCCCUGUCCCUGGGUACCAGCACACCAUCCUUACUUACUCCUGGUGCAGACUGUGCAAACAGGUGACACCAGUUGUUCCCCUUUCCAAUGACUCUUGGUCUAUGUCUUUUGCAAAAUACCUUGAGCUGAGGUUCUAUGGGUACCAGUACACUCGAAGGGCCAACGCAGAGCCUUGUGGGCAUUCCAUUCACCAUGACUAUCACCAGUAUUUUUCCUAUAAUCAGAUGGUGGCAUCUUUCAGCUACUCUCCAAUCCGGCUGCUGGAAGUGUGUGUCCCACUCCCCAAGAUCUACAUCAAACGACAGGCUCCACUAAAAGUUACUAUUUUGCAGGAUCUCAAGGAUUUCUCACAAAAGGUGUCACAAGUGUAUCUUGCUGUGGAUGAUCGCCUUGCUUCUCUCAAAACGGAUACCUUCAGCAAAACGAGGGAAGAGAAGAUGGAAGACCUCUUUGCCCAAAAGGAGAUGGAAGAAGGAGAGUUUCGAAACUGGACUGAGAAAAUCCAAGCAAGGCUGCUUUCAUCAUCUCUGGACACGCCUCAACAGCUGCAAUCUGUUUUUGAGUCUCUGAUAGCUAAAAAGCAAGGACUUUGUGAGAUGCUACAAGCCUGGAAUAAUAGAUUGCAGGAUCUCUUCCAACAAGAGAAAGGGAGAAAACGUCCAUCAGUACCACCCAGCCCUGGGAGACUGAGGCAAGGUGAAGAAAGCAAGAUCAGUAGCAUGGAUGCUUCCCCACGCAAUGCUUCUCCAGCUCUGCAGAAUGGAGAGAAAGAGGAUCGUUUCCUGACGACUUUAUCAAGUCAGAGCUCCACAGGCUCCACCCAUCUACAGCUGCCCACCUCUCCAGAGGUUGCAUCGGAGCAUAUGACUGGUGCCACCACACUCUCUGAACAGGACACAACAAGCAGCUCAGAAGAUGUGUUUGAUGGACACUCACUGGGAUCCACCGACAGCCAAGUGAAGGAGAAGUCUACUAUGAAAGCUAUUUUGGCUAACUUUUUGCCUGGAAACAACUAUAACCCCAUUCCCUUUCCCUUAGCUCUUCCAAGGGUUGGACUGAAAUUGGCAUUGUCUGGGUGUAGUGACCCAGAUAAGCACUACUUAAUGUAUGAGCAUGAACGUGUACCUAUUGCAGUCUGUGAGAAAGAGCCAAGCUCCAUCAUAGCCUUUGCUCUCAGUUGCAAGGAGUACAGAAAUGCCCUGGAUGAGUUGUCCAAAGCAUCUCUGAAGAGCAGUUCUGAAGAAGGACUACAACCAAACAGCAUGUCAGACAGCAAACCCAAGAGCAGCAGCCCUGUCCGCCUGCCUGAGGCCAGCAUGUGUCCCCUUCGCAAUGCAGAGCCAGAGCAGCCAAAGAAACCAUCUGGUGUUUUGUCUUUCUUCCGUGGCACGGGAGGGAAGAGCCCAGACCUGUCUUCCCAGAAGAAAGAGACCUUACGUGGUGCUGACAGUGCUUACUACCAGGUUGGACAGAUGGGCAAAGAGGGAGCAGAAAACCAAGGAGCAGAGGCACAAGAUGAUGGAGAUGGAGGAGAUGGACAGAAGAAACAGGUGGUGAAUCCCCAUGUGGAACUUCAGUUCUCGGAUGCCAAUGCCAAGUUCUACUGCCGGAUUUAUUAUGCUGGGGAGUUUCACAGGAUGCGUGACGUGAUCCUGGGGAGCAGCGAAGAGGAUUUCAUCCGAUCCCUCUCUCACUCGAUGCCCUGGCAGGCACGAGGUGGCAAAUCUGGAGCUGCGUUCUACGUGACUGAGGAUGAUAGAUUCAUCUUGAAGCAAAUGCCUCGUCUGGAAGUCCAGUCAUUCCUUGACUUUGCUCCACACUACUUCACUUACAUCACGAAUGCAGUUCAACAGAAGAAGCCCACAGCACUGGCUAAAAUCCUUGGGGUGUAUCGAAUUGGUUACAAGAACUCUCAAAACAACACUGAAAAGAAAUUGGAUCUGCUUGUCAUGGAAAACCUUUUCUAUGGCAGGAAAAUGGCUCAGGUGUUUGACCUGAAGGGCUCCCUCCGGAAUAGAAAUGUUAAAACAGACACGGGCAAGGAAACUUGUGAUGUGGUCCUGCUGGAUGAAAACCUUCUGAAGAUGGUUCGGGACAAUCCUUUGUACAUCCGUUCCCAUUGCAAAGCUGUGCUGAAAGCCUCCAUACACAGUGAUUCCCAGUUCCUCUCCAGCCAUCUCAUCAUCGACUACUCCCUGCUGGUGGGUCGUGAUGAUACCAACAACGAGCUGGUCGUUGGGAUCAUUGACUAUAUUCGUACUUUUACCUGGGACAAAAAGCUUGAAAUGGUGGUAAAGUCAACUGGCAUCUUGGGAGGACAAGGUAAGAUGCCCACUGUGGUCUCUCCAGAACUAUAUCGGACCAGGUUUUGUGAAGCUAUGGACAAGUAUUUCCUGAUGGUGCCAGACCAUUGGACAGGACUGGGCCUGAAUUGCUGAGCUAAAGCCCAUAUUGGGAAAGCACAAGAGGACAAUGACAUUAUAGGCCACUGUCUUCCAGCGGUCUGUCCAGCAGCAAGAGGAUUGCAGUUCCAUGUCUACACUGACCAUGGGCGUCAUGUUGCAGAGUGUGAAAUCUGCUUGCACUUUAUUCCCCCCUUGGAGGAUAAUAAGCAAACCUGCCUCAGUAAGGAUCUAAACUGUAAGGUACCACUGAACAGCACUGACAAGUGAUAUCCCUGCUGUCAGUAGGGAAGGUGAUGCUAUUUCCUUCUAAGUACUGGACUGAGAUUCUAUCCAGAUCCCGAUGGUGAAGAAGUACACGAUCUCUGGAAGUCUUGCACUGCCAAAAUGGUGUUGAAUGCGCGCAGCUCAUGUUUCUGUAGUGGAUACUUGGUACUGAAUAUGUGAAAUAAACCCCCCAAUUGUGGAUGGGGGAGAGAAGAAUGAAGUUAAUUCAUGAGUUCUGCUGUUGUUGCAGAGGUCUGUAAUUGACCUAUUUAGGAUCCAUUAAUAACUUGUGCUGUUUAUGCUCCAUAGUUUUAAUUCUUACUGGGUUCUGUAAACAGUAUUUUUUAAAGGCAGCUCCACAUCUAUAAUGCCCUAUGACUCCAUUUUUAAAGUUAUGUUACUACAGUACAGCUCUGGUUUAUCUGUCAUAAUCACAUAUUUAGCUGAAUCCCAUAAAAAUCAGUUGUCAGUCAUCAGUAUACUGCAAAACUCAAAACAUAUCCCUUUACUCUUAAACAGUACUUUGAUCUGAAUGUUGCACAAAUUCCUGGAAACAGGUAACUAACAUACCCUUUAAUUUAACAAGACUUGAUUGAUUAUAGUUAUGAAGCAGAUUAACCCUUUCCUUAGUAAAGGUAGUAAGUUGCUAGACAAAGUGCAUACUGCAACUUUCCUCUUAAUGCAACUAUCAUUCCUGGCAGAUCACUUCAAAUCCAUUUCAGUUUCCCUUUACUUUCAAGCAAUGCAAUUACCUCAUGGUGAAAUUUUGCCAGGAGAAUGUUUUUCUUGCAUUCAUGACAUGAUUUUUUUGGUCACAGAGAUGAAUGUAGUUGUUGUUUUCUGUAAAAAGGAAAACCUGAACUAACAGGUACCUUGUAUGAUGCAUAAGAUGUGCAGAGAUCUGUGAGUCUCUAUUAUUACAAUAAGCAUUUCUUUCCAGUUAAAAAAAAAAUUUACUAAUUUUUGUAGGUGGUGAGUUUACUUUUUAGUUUCAUUAUAAUACAGGCCAGUAAGUAAGAGGAGUUUUAAUGAGUUUGAAAGGCAAGAAUUCUGUCCUUUGAUUUCCAGUCUCUGAUGGAAGAACAUCAAAUGAGCAUGGAAUCUGGGACAGGAUAGCUCUUAGUGAUCACUUGCUCAUUCUAACCAGUUGCCUCAUAAUGCCCUCAUCACUGUAACUAUGGAUUGAAUUGUGCAUUUUGUUCAGUUCUCUGGUGUUCAGUAUUUUUUUUCUGCAGCAGAUGGUGGUGGCUGUUUAGGAGUGAUCAGCAGUAGGCAGCGCUGAGAGGAAAAGGCCAGCAGUGAGAAUUGAGCUAUUUGCUCCAAAACCAACCAGUGCAGCUCUUGUCUGAGCUGCCAAGAGGCAACAGUCAUUUGUGUUGGAAGGAGCCUUCCCCACCCUAUUGCAACACUGUACUAGAGGAUGAGCAAAGAUGCUGGCCUUGAAGCAGCGGAAAAGAAAGUGUACUGAUUUCCUCUGUACAAUGUGAGAAUUGUUUCUGGGGGUGCACUGUUGAAGGCUGCAGUGAUGUGUGCUGUGGAAAGAGGACACAGUACUCCUUGCUUCAGUCCAACACAGCAUAUCAGGUACAGCUGAUCACCUCUGGGAUGCAUCUUGCCUCUUUUGUUGAAAUGUUCUCGCAAUUUGCAUGGCUGUGUGUGUGGCCUUGUCUAAUGAGAUAAACCAGUCCAUCAGCUCAGUGCUACUCCCACUUCUGUGGCCUCUACCUACUGUCUUGGUUCAUCUAUGUGAAAGAACCUGCCAUGCAGCCUAUGUUCCAGUCUCAGUUGAAGUUUACAUGUGUUCUCCUCUUUCCCUCCUUAAAGUUUACAGGCAAAAACUUGACUGUCCUGGCCAGCUAAGGUGACCCAACAGCAGCUAAUUAUCUUGUCUUCCACCUUUGUCAGUAUGUGGAUUGGUGGAUGGAGCACGAGUGUGGGCAUGGCACCUGCACUAGGCUGAUGUGGUGUGCUAGCCAGGUCUGUCACCAGUAACCCGCAUCCUUGUCCUGGGAUGGGUGGCUGCUCUGUGCUGCUCGUCUGCCAGAGUCCUGAGCAGAUGGCUGUAAGCAGCUUCAUCAUCUGACAGUGGCUAGUACUCCUCUGAAUAGGACAGCAUGAGGCCCCCAGCACUGCAGAAGGGAGAGAGAGAAUAUUUCACUGUUUUGCAGCCUGCGAGCAGAGCCAGAGCCAUGUGAAUGGUGCCCAACUUCUUGGGCUGAAGUUACAGCAGUUGGAAAGAUUUGUACGAAUGAUCUUGAGCUGGUAUCAACAGUUAAUUUUUGGCCAGGACGCGGCUGAUAGACUAGUCCUGAUUAGACUGGAGUAUAGCAUAAACUACUGGUCAUGAGUAUCACAGUAGCUGCAGUAUCAGCUGGAGUUGGGUCAUCUUGGAUGUCCUGUGAUAUAAAGCUGUAAGCAUUUCUAGUCCAAAUCCCAGCAGCUGAAUGGGUCUCCUCAAAUGUUCCAUUUUCAGUAUGAUAGUUGUCCUGGCAUUUCAAUUACUACCAAGCUUAAUUUUCUCAGAAGGAGAGCAGUACUUAAUGCAGAACAAAUCUUUGAGAGCUGCUGUGUUCAGUCUGUGUCCUUGUAGAAUUCCUAAGGAUGAACCCUUUGGUCAGAGCUUAUUUCUUUCUUUAUAACGCAGGUUUAGCAUAUGUGUAAGUAAAUCCCAGUUGCAAAUAUGAAGACUGAAUUUCUUCAGAGCUGCACUGACUCUUCUGUUUUGAUCUGAGGCUUUGAGACAAGUGUCUACAUCUUGUCCACGUCAGAAGCAAUGACUUUGAGUCAGCAUGCGGACAGCGGAAUGCCUUCUAGCAGCCCAGGGAUGCAUUCUGUCCCCAAAAAGCACAUGAGGGACUCUUGCUGGUAGAGCAGUUCUGUUGGGCUCAGGGGAGUUACCUGUGGAGUCUCUGUGAGAAUGACCAAAACCAAAUGAAUUGCUCACUAGCUGGUGGCCAGACCAGUCAUUCUUCAAAGCACUUAAUGUACUAUAAUGUAUGCAUUUCUAUUCUAACUUGGUUCAGCUGUAUUUUAUAAAAUUGAUGCGCUAAACUAUUUGAGAAUAAUUGCCUUGACUACUUGGAGAAUCAAAAUGUAAUGUAUGUAGAUACAAAUAAAGUGACUAAAGUA